CCCUCAAACAAAUAUGGCCGCUAUGUGAUGGUUAGAUGUUGUAGUUCAUAUUUAUAAAGGACUCGCAGGAUGUCUAAAGCUGGGAAGAGGGUAAAAAGCGGUUCCGGACAAGGGGGAGCAAAAUGGGAACAAGCCCUUCUAUCUGCACAAUUUGACGAGGAAAGUUGGAAGGCAAACAUCACUUUUGUGGUUGGAAAUAAAGUUGAUGACUACACAUGGAUAGACAUUUUAGGAUCAACCAUUGCUAGUGGACCUCGGAGGUUAUUCAGUAUUAUAUCAAGACAGAAGCUUGAGGAAGAGGUGAGAGAACUUGGUAAUCCUAAAGGGAAGAAGCCCAAAGAUGUUCCACUGCACUAUGAAGUUACAGAGCCUUGUAAAAUCCACCUGGACAAUAAUGAAGACAUCCCGUUUCCUCUGUUAGCUCGGCUUAUAAAAUACAGAUUACUGGCAAUCAAAUCUGCAGACAUCAAGAGGCGUGAAACUGAAAAGAAGGCAUUAGCUGAUAAGGAUAAGGCAAGGAAAGGAUCAGGUGGAAAAGGAGGUAAAGAAAGGGGCAAGUCACCCCCAAAGGGUAAAGGGGGUGGUAAGAAAACACCAGAACCUCCCACAGCCAAGGAGGGUAGUAAAUUGAGGAAGAGAGGAGAUGAAGAUGAUGAAGGAAAAUAUAUUGAUGAUGAGCCAGAUGAUGGAGCCCAACACUACAUCAUUGUGUACGGUUACAACAGUCCACACAUCAUCACACAGCUGGCUGAGCUCAGUGUCACAGUCGACUCAAUCCUACGAAUUUCCUCUCAGGACUAUUCAAGUUUUGAGGACAAAGAUAAUGUUCCAUCAAUAGAAAAGGAUGAAAAGACUCAAGGAAAAAUGGAAGAUAUUACUCCUCGUAGUGAUGAUACUUUAAUGCUGGAGGAGGUGGAGCGAGCUACCAAAUUGAAGAUAAAGAAGGACCUCCAAGAGUUCUGGAAGGAUGUUCUCCUGGUAUUACAGAAACAACCUGAUGGUUCUCGACUCCAUGACAUUGCUCGACAGGAGUAUGAGGUGAAGAAUCUUCUCAUACCAGAAGAUCUUGAAGAUGCUGAACAAAAGAAUGCGUUUGGCCUUGCUAUGUUUGAGGAUGUAGCCUGCAUGAUCUACGAUCUGAUUGAUUCUCGUCGUCAGUACAAGAACUACCUAGAGAAUCUCAGAUUACUCCAUGUGCCAUUGUUUGGUCAGCCAGCAGCUCCUGUGCAAGAGGAACGCCCUGCCAUGUCUAGUGCCCCCACCCCAUCUGCUCAACAACCCCCUGCCCCAAGUGUGCCCUCUAUCCACCCGGACAUGCUAGAGAUUGCCCCCCAAGUGGACAUGCGGUUCUACAAUGACCUGAUGAACUGUGUGCCACAGGAGAGUGUUAGCGUGUCACUCAUCAUGCACUCCAUGCUAGAACAGGUUGUUGCAACAGAAGAGAAUAUUGAUCCUCCCAGUGAACAGCUCCCUCCAAAAAGACAGGACGGCCUCAACUCUGAGCUGGCUGCUCACAUCAGUGGUCUGGCCUUCAAACUUGCCCUCUCAGAGGAUGAACAGAAGAUCAUGUCUGAUGUAUUUGAUUCUGAAGAGAAACCCCUAGAAACACCAGGACAGCCAUUAUUAAUGAACCACCACGACAAAAUCUCAGCCAGGACCAACCAUCUGAAAAAGAUAUUCAACUUUAACCCUGAGGAGGUGGAGAAAGAAAUGCUGAAGCGUCUGCCAUUUUCUUCGCUGACACAUGUUCCUCGGCCUGGGUCUCGCAUUGCAAGGGAGCGAGCAGCCAGACUCCAGGAGUUGAUACACUUUUGUGCAACUGGAGGAUUGUCGCAAUCAGAGAUUGACCGUGCCUUCAAGCAGUUUGUAUUUGAGAGUAUGGACCUUACAAGUACAGACCCGAAUGGUUUCAUCAUCACACGGGACAGUGAAGGGGUCGAACACUCUGCCAUCCCCUGGGAUGACCCAUACCCCUUUUUCAGGGGCAUGAUACCUACCCACCUUAAGGGGGCAAAGGACGAGGUAGACAUCAGGUCCUCAAGAUCAGGGAGUUUAAGCGGGUUAUCAGACCUCAUAGAUUACUCUCUGCCUGGUACUCCUUCACCUCCCCCUGAACCCUCCGGUGCCCUGAAGGUGGCAGCACCUGAUAACCACAUUGAACUCCAGAAGUCUCUUCGUGAACCUGAACUGCGGGCUCAGCCUGUAGACAAUCGCUCUGCAGAGAACAAGUUACGACAGUCUAGAUCUAGGAUGAAAAAGAACAAAACUACAAUGUCUCCAACAACCUCUAAGAGCGUGAGGACAGAAGAGAAAUCUGUGUCAAUUGAGGAUCAGAGGGAAGGCUCUCGACCUUCUAGUACAGACAGCAAGAAAGGCAUACUCCGACCACCCUCAAGGUCAAGGUCAAGUUCUGGUGGACGCAGGUCAAGGAGUAACUCAGUACACUUUGAGAAGGAUGAGGAAGGCAAGCCUGUACGUCAUUAUGAGGAGGAGGAUGAGCUGGAUGUUGUGGAGACGGAGCCAGACAAAAGCACAGAGGAGAGCCUCAUGGAAAUUGUUGAUGCCCAGAAACGCAAUCUUGACCAGUGGUGUUUUGCUGAGCACUAUGAACCCAACAUUCUCUUGCAGAUCAUCAAGGAAGCGUCGUUCUUGCUGCCAUUUAUGGAUAUGUACUACCACAAGAGAGAUAACUCUCUGAUGUUGGUCCUGCAUAACCCAUCCAGCCUGGAGCUUCAGAAUCACGUCGACUGGCACACAGAGCUUCACUGCAACCUGGGAUUCAGGAAUUACAUGGAGUGUGUGUCAGAGACUGUGGCUGAUUGGACCAAGGAGGAGGAGGCAAAGUACCAGGCUUUCCUUCUGUCCAAAGAGCUCGUUAAGAUGAGGGAUGAUGAGGAGGCUAGUGUCAAGUCUACAGAGAAGGCCAAAGGCCGCAAGUCACCUCGCAAAUCUCCAAAUCGUUCCAAGAGUCCCGGUAAGAACUCUCGUUCCAGUAGCCAAGAACGUCCCUCGUCAGCUGCAAGUAACAUGUUUGUAAGAGCCAACUCUCUCAAGGCCUGGAAGGAGGAGCAAGAUAGAGUGAAAGCUGAAGAGGAUGAAAAGGAAAGAGAAAAGAGUGCAAAACGUGUUAAAUCAGGCAAAAAGGCUGACAAGGAAAAGGAGGACAAGAAAGGACCAGGAUCCAGGGCUAGUGCCAAGUCUAAGACCUCUGCCAAGGAGCCAGAUGACCAGCCUAAAGAGGAUGGUGAAGCACCACCUGUAGAGGAGAAAUACUGGCCAUUUACCGGGUAUGAUGUGGGGAACAAGCUGAUUCAUGUGGCCGGGAUGACCACCACCCUGUUCCCUUCAGACGGUGGUCAGAUCAGGACUGAGAAGCUGGAGUUUGCACAGGGCACCAACUCAAUAAAGACAUCUGUGUUAAAAGAUGGCCAUGUGUUCUGUGUGCACGUCAUUGAUCCAAAGGAGGGAGGGGAGGACAGCGAAGGAGAGGAGGAGGACAGUAAAGAGGAGGUGGAAAAGUCUGAACAUGAGAAAUCAGAAAAGGACCAGGGAGAUAAGAUGACCAGAGAGGGGGAUGCUGGAAGUACUGGAAGGAGUAACUCAGCCAGGUCUGAUGAGAAGAAAACAAAGUCAGUCAGUGCUUUUGGCAGUGUCACUGCUCACCUGCAGGAUGGAAUGUCACUAUCACUGAGUCAGUUUGGUCCUAAAGGGAUUUCAGAGGAUGGUAAGAAGUAUGAGCCGAAGGUCUAUGUGCCUCCUCCCACCACUCCAAGUCCUUUGCCCCCACCAUCACCCACAAAGAGUAAGAAGGGUGACAAGGGUAAAGGGGCCCCUACUCCCGAGGCACCACCUCCCAUCACUCCCCAGGAAACAGAGAAGGAGGAGGACCAGGAGGAGAAGAGGGAUGAGGAGAAGCCUGUUCUCCAGCCAUUCCAGCAGCUGUAUGUGAGCUCACCCGACGGCCUCAGUGUUAAGUACCUUCUGGAGAGCUCCAUCGGUAUGAAGCCAUUGUCCGAGGAUGACCGCCGUCUGCUCAUUAAGCAAAGUUAUCCAUUUAAAACACGGGGUGAGCAGCCAUGCGAGUCCAAGCGGAGAAAGUUUGCCCUGUCGGAGCAGUCCCGUAUCAUCACAUCAGAAGGCACCGUGGUCAAAAACAUGAUGGAUGGGUCAGUCGAGGUACUGUAUGCAGAUGGUACCGUUAGUGUCCACACUGGUCCUUGGGCUUGUAAGAGAAGUGGGAGUAGUUCCCCACAGAGAGCUGGAAGUGCCCGCAGUCAGACAGGAGAAAGGGCAGAAACACCCACCAAGAAGACAGCAGCCAGUGCUAAGGGAAAGACCAAGUCCCAGGAGAAAAUAGCAGAGCAGGCUCCAGAGGAGGAGGCACCAGAGAAAAAGGGCAUGUGGGUCACAACCUACCCUAAUGGGGAGAAAGUGGCCUGUAAAGGUGACAACGAAAUGGAGGAACUCAAGUCAGUCAUGAUCAGUUUGGCCUCAGAUCCCCAGACAAGUCAGUCCAUGGCAACAAGAGAUGACCAUGUAAUCACCAUUAGUUACCCAGAUGGCACUACAAUCAUAGAGCAUGCUGACGGUACAAGGAUCACCACAUACUACAAGGAAAACCAGAUAGCUACUGGCGAAGAGGACUUUGAGGACAAUGAAAUGAAAGAAUUUGAAACCCAGACAGUGAAGUUUGUGAAGGUAGAAUGUCCUGCUUAUGCUACAGUAGAAUUUAAUUGUUUGACAAGUGAGAACUUGACCAUAUUUGGUAAUGGCACAACUAUCAACGUAUUCCCAGACGGAUACUACAUGUUACACCAGCACGAUGGUGGACGUGUGGAGGUGGACAUGGAGGGCACCCUCACCUACUACCCUCGGCCAAUCAGGAACAUGGAACAGCUACUCCCGGAGAGGGAGCUUCAGUACAUUCUCUGUCAUAAUGCUGAUGUUGUUGUGGAAACUGUCGACUCAGAUGGAAAUGUAUUUAAUGUAAAGAGUAAUGGAGACUUUACCGUGAUUCCAGUUAAUGGAGAUGCACUUUCUGAAUCUAGUAUGGAUGAAGGCAAAACUGAUAAAAAAUUGACAACUUUCAGGGAACAUGCUCCCCGAUUCUUUAUUCUUCACUCAGAUGGAAGUGGUACAGAAUUGUUACGUUACCAAGAUGUUGCAGAAUAUCUCAGCACAGCAGAGCACAGUCCUGCAACAGCAGUGCUUAAGGAUGACCUACCAGACUAUCCUGGUGUGCUUGGAAUCACCAUUCUCAAACCAUACCUGGGAGGCCCAUCAGAAAGAUUCUUUAAGAAGUAUGACCAAGAGUCCAUCAUUCCUCCAGGCAUACGCUGUAGAGACCUGACAACCCUUCCUCCUAAGGAAUUCAAGACCCCUGGACCAGGCUAUGGUAAAAACCUAGGACAGGGACUGUCAGUGGGAGCAGCAGUAAGGCAGCCAAUCAGAAUCCCAAUACUAAAAUGUCCAAAUGUUUUAGAACUGCGACAGCUGAUACAGUAUAAACCUGUGUCAGGGUCUCUCAGAGAAAGCCUGAAGGCGGGUGUUAAAGAGUAUGCCGAGUUUGUGAUUGAGAGAAAUAAGGUGACUGACAUGAUGCAGGUAGUUGAUCCAAGGACAGAUGAGGAAAGGAUCCAUGCUGCAGAUCUUACAGAGAUCGGACUCCAGACAGCUCGACGGGAACUUCCACAGUAUGAGCCAGCCAACAUCAAAGGAAUAUAUGAGAAAGUGACAGCUCCCCCUGUACCAAGUCCGCCCCCGACCCCCCAGCCCAAACGCACCAUGGCUGACUGGGAGAGGGACCAGCGUGAGAUGAACCAGGAACUGGAUGGCAGGGAUUCACUCAGGAAGAAAAGGAUCCCUACCUACUUUGACAGCGAAUUUGGGAAGGCCUUUCUCCUCACCCAGGCCAAGGAUGUAGACGAGAUUCUACAACAGCUGACUGAGGACCCGAGGAAGGACGGUACUGAAGCUGUCCGUGGUAAUUCGUCCAGCCAGAGUAACAACCCCCAGCAAAUCUCCCCAGACACUAGUGCUUACCCCGCACGAUCUGUAGCAGCAGUGACCUCUGUCCAGAGUGAUCGGUCAAGCACAUCACCUGUGGACACUCUCCAUCCAAAACAAGUGUCAGAUACGCCUAUUUCAUAUGCAGUGUAUGCAGAGACUGUCCCAUCUCGUGGAGGUAUCCGCCCAGGAAACCCCACCCCAGCUCAUGCUACUGGUCAAGGCUCCCCUGCCCCUCUUCGUCCAGAUAACCCCACCCCUGGGCACGCUGUCAAAACCAGCACUGGAAGACCAUAUAACCCCACUCCUAAACAUGCCGGAGGUCAGAUAGAUUCACCCUCUGACCUGCCUUCACAGCUAGACUACCCAGCCAUUAUUAUGGAACAGCCACUGGAGGAGGAAGAUUAUUCUACUGGAGAGGUUCCAGAGGGCGAGAGUGAGUUAAUCCUGACACGAAGCCUUAAGAUGGACGUGACAGGCCGCCCCAGAAAGGAGGCUGUGGUGCUCCCUAGGGGUAUCAAGGGCGGACGUCCAGGGGCUAUCCCCAACACAAAGUACAAGAACGUAGAGGUGAGUGUUCGUCGGAAAGUCAACACAUCUGUGACUGCUGGAGCCUCCGUGCAAUCACAGGUCCAGCUGGAGAAGAUGAGGGGACUGAUCCUACUACCAGAGGAGAUAGACUUUGGAGUCCUGAGAGAGGGCAACACCUACGUCUGUACUGUCUGUCUUAAAAACACAGGUGUGGAUUCCUGUCGCUUCAAAAUCAGACAGCCCCCUCCCGCCACUGGCCUUAGGAUGAACUACAAACUAGGACCGAUUGCUGCUGGGAUGAAGACAGACCUGGAGUGUGAACUGUACGCUAUUGCUGUCGGAGUCGAGGGAGAUUCUGGGGUUGGGUCAAUCAGACACGACCUUGAGAUUGUCACAGAAACCGACAUAUUAUUCCUUCCCAUCACAGCAACUGUUCUGACUGCUGAUGCCUACGACAGUAGGAGCCCCAACAGUCCCCAAGGAGGGAAAUCCCCAGGCACACGUCUGGUGUCCACCCGCCCCCCACAGAGUACAGGCAUCAUCAGGCCAAGGAAAACCCCCUUUCCAGGUCCACCCCAGCCUGAGUCCACAUAUGUGAGAUAAAAAGUGAUAAGGGAUAUGGAGAACUAUAUUUGAUUUACACUCUUUCAGACUGUGCGGGACCAAAUCUCUCCAUUUGUUUCGUCAGGAUUCCACCCAAUCAUUGUAUAUAAUCUGUGAUAUGUCUCCUGUUGUAUGGACACCUGAUACAAAACAACUGUCAAACUUCAUAGCUGUGAUUUGUUGUUAGGUUACAAUAUUUGUAAAAAUUAUGUUUCACUGUGAUAUCUCCUCAUUACAAUUUUAAUCUCUACCUUUUUUAAUAUUUUUUUUUUUUCAAAUUAAAGGACCUAGAGUACAUAUUGCAAAUAAAGAACAAAACAUGAAAUACAUCCAUAAGAUAAAUGAAUAGUUAGCAUUCCUGCCAAAGAUAUGAUAAUUCUGUUGAUGUCAGGUCUAUGUUGGGAUUUAAAAUUGACACCACAUGUAUGUGUACAUAUGAGCUGCCACCUUGUGAAUUUGUUAGUUGGUGAACAUGUACAGAAUGCUGUGAUAAUAAUAACUACCCUGGAAAACUACCUUAUAUUUGUAUAUUUUGUAUAAAUGAUAUUUAUGUAACUUUUGUGAGAUGAAUAAAUACAUGUACAUCAUA